UGCUUUUGAUUCUUCUGAGAUGCAAUCUCCAACAUGCCCAAAAUUGAAAAAUAGUAGCAGCAGAGUAGUGUUUGUUUGAGGCAAAACCAAACAUGUUAGAACAAUAAUAAACCAUGAUGGGCUGCACAUGAAAGACACGAGACAUGCGUCUGUUUGUUCCCGCUAAUAUCGCAGCAAUUCCAUUUUCCACUAUUCCAUUUCAGGCUUUCCAGUUCCAUAGGAUUAGGGGCAAAGCCAAAAGCUUUAGCCUAGAUACAAAGAAAACACUAACAUAGAAUAAUAGACUACGAAGACAAUCGAGCUUCAUCUUAGCAAGCAAUGGAUUCUGAAGCCGUGGCUUCUUCAUUGAGCAUUGGCAUCAAACACCAUCUCUCUCUCCAAUCUAAUAAUGCAUCCUCCUCCUCUAGUCCCAGGGCCCCAACUAAGCAAUCCUUUUUCAUUGGUGUCGCUGGAGGAACUGCAUCUGGAAAAACUACAGUGUGCAAUUUGAUCAUCUCCCAGCUCCGUGAUCAGCGUGUUGUUUUAGUAAAUCAAGAUUCAUUUUAUCACUCCUUGAAUGAGGAGAAGUUGAAGACGGUGCAUGAAUACAACUUUGACCAUCCUGAGUCCUUUGAUACGGAGUUGUUGCUUUCUUGUAUGGAGAAAUUAAAGCUUGGACAGGCAGUUAGCAUCCCAAAUUAUGAUUUUAAGACCCAUCAAAGCAUAGAACCCGCUCGCCAGGUUAACCCCUCAGACAUUAUCAUUUUAGAAGGAAUACUUGUUCUCCAUGAUCCUCGUGUCCGUGAUCUCAUGAACAUGAAAAUCUUCGUCGACACAGACUCUGAUGUACGGCUCUCUAGGAGAAUUCAACGUGAUACUGUAGAAAGAGGCAGAAAUAUACAGAAUGUGCUUGAACAAUAUACCAAAUUCGUGAAGCCUAGUUUUGAUGAAUUCAUAUUGCCCUCGAAAAAGUAUGCAGAUAUAAUCAUUCCUCGAGGUGGAGAUAAUGAUGUUGCCAUUGACUUGAUAGUGCAACAUAUUCAUACAAAGCUUGGCCAACAUGAUCUGUGUAAAAUAUAUCCAAAUCUUUUCCUUAUCUUUUCCACAUUUCAGAUACGAGGAAUGCAUACAUUAAUCCGUGAUGCCCAAACAACAAAGCAUGACUUUGUCUUUUACUCAGACCGACUUAUUCGAUUGGUUGUGGAGCAUGGGCUAGGUCAUCUUCCCUUCCAAGAACAACAGAUUAUUACCCCAACAGGAUCUAUAUACAGUGGAGUUGUUUUCUGUAAAAGGUUGUGUGGUGUUUCUGUUAUUAGAAGUGGAGAAAGCAUGGAGAAUGCUCUCAGAGCAUGUUGUAAGGGAAUAAAAAUCGGAAAAAUCCUCAUCCACGGAGAGGGUAACAGUGGUCGACAGUUAAUCUAUGAGAAGCUACCGAAAGACAUCUCAAGCCGCCAUGUCUUAUUCCUCGAUCCUGUUCUGUCUUCAGGAAACUCUGCCAUCAAAGCUAUAUCUCUGCUACUCAGUAAGGGUGUACCAGAAUCCAACAUCAUCUUCCUUAACCUUAUAGCAGCACCGGAGGGAAUACAUGCGGUUUUGAAGAGAUUUCCAAUGCUAAAACUUGUUACAUCAGAGAUUGACUUAUCUUUGAAUGAAGAUUUGCGUGUGAUCCCAGGAAUGGGAGAGUUUGGAGAUCGUUAUUUUGGUACAGAUAGUAAUGAGACCGGUACUGGUUCAAGUUCGAGUUCAAGCUCAAAGACACCUAAAUAAAUGUUCCUUCGAGUUCAUUCCGAUCCAGUGUCUCAGAUUUUGUAAUAGCUAAGAUUUUGUUUAACCAAAUAUUUAUUCUAGCUACCCAUGUGAGAGAAAUUGUAUCAAUCUUACAUAAUACUGUGGUAUAGAUAUAUCCACUUUGCAAGGAAUUUCAAGGUGAUACCACAAAUGUGUCCAGUUUUGAGUUUCCUGUCGUGUAAGAACAAGAGACUACUGCUUCAGUGUGACAUUCUAAAAAGAAAUUUUCAUUUUGGUGAUAGUAAGCUUCGG